CUCUUAUGGCCUUAACGAUUUACAUUUCUUAAACAUCCGGGUAGUCAUAACUUGAUUAAUGGUUAACUAAUAGCACGGAUGCCGCUCAGCAAAAGAUAAGUACAUUUGCUUAAGAGCCGCACCUCUUUUUCCGAGCUGCACCGCUGUAGCCUAACGUUUAUCCGUCUGAGUAGAAUUAACAAGGAAGUGCAAGUUCGUCUUUUGUUGACGCCUUCCUUCCUGUGACUUUCGUAACGCCUUCACACACCGAACAGGAGAACAGCGUGGACGGUAAGGGCUGAUGUUUGAACUGAAAGAGGCCAGUAGGGACUUGUUUAAUGUGACGAUAUACGCAGCAGAAUUACAGCAGAAUUGCCGGCCUUCUGGAAAUCGUUUACAUCCAGGAAACGACACAACAAUUUGCUGUAAACAUUAACUGGAAUAACUGGCACGUCCACAAGUUGUACUACAGCUGAGAAUAUGAAGCAAUCCCAUUCUGUGAAUGGAACCUUACGGUACGUUUUGAUCUCUGCACUUGCCAUUGGAGGGGUCAUCCUCCUGUACCUUGCUUCUCUUCCGAGCACCCGUACCUUCUGCCCACCACACUAUGCCCAGCCUUCUCAGUAUUCAGAGCAGUACAACAAAACGUCUCCUCAGCCACCUCCCAAGCCUGUGCUUUUAUUGUGGUUUUGGCCUGAGAACUAUUGGUUUGACCUGAGCAACUGCAAGACCUUGACGGACAUUGAUGGCUGUUUCCUGACAGACGACAGGUCUUUGUACAGUACAGCAGACGCAGUGCUCAUUUUUCACAAGGCGAUCAAAUGGGACCUGUCCAACCUUCCUCCUCCUCGUCCUUCCAAACAAAGAUGGAUUUGGUUCCAUGUCGAAUCACCGACAAACACACAUAGAAUCCCGGGCCUGGAGAACCUCUUCAAUCUCACGCUGGGUUAUAGGCAGGACGCUGACAUCAUUGUGCGUCACCACCUGACCGUCAGACAAAGUCCAGAGGAAGAGUUUGUGAUGCCCAAAAAGGACAAGUUGGUUUGUUGGAUUGUGAGCAACAACAACCCCUCCACUGGUACGGGAGUCAGGAGCAAAUAUUAUAUGGAGUUGAAAAAACACAUCGAUGUGCAUGUGUUUGGAAAGGCCUUUGGACGUUUCUUGGCAUAUGAGGACUACUAUCCCACCAUAGCUAGCUGCAAAUUCUACCUGUCUUUUGAGAACUCCAUCCACAGGGACUACAUCACUGAGAAGCUAAACGGACCACUUGUAGUAGGAACAGUUCCAAUAGUCUUGGGGCCCCCGAGACAAAACUACGAAAACUUCGUUCCUAGUAGCUCAUUCAUUCAUGUGAAUGAUUUUCCUAGUGCAAAGGACUUGGCACAAUAUCUGCUUCAGCUGGACAAAGAUGAAAAUCUUUAUCGCAGCUAUUUUCAGUGGAGGAAACAUUUUGCUGCAAAACCUCACCUCAUAUUACAGAAACAAGAGUUUAUAAAGCCCAUUUGUACUGCUUGCGAUUAUAUAGGAAAGCACAGUGAGUAUAAGGUCAAAAAGGACAUCUAUAAAUGGUACUUUUCAGAAUAAAAAACCCAUAAAAACACACUUCACAUCAGCCCUGACUAGAUAUUAUUUGUUGUUAGUUUGCUUUUAAAACGUACUCUAAAAAAUGGGAACUUUUUGUUAUUUAUGUUACGUGCUACAUAUUCUUAAUAAAUGGAUAAAGAGAAUUCAUCCAUUAUUUAGUUUCCUAAUAUGUUUAUUGAACAUAUAACAAAAGCUUCUGACUGAGGCCUCUUUUCCACUGCAGGGCCGAACGGUUCUGAGCAUGGAGGGUAAUGGUUCUUUGUGGCUUUUCCACGCUGACACAGUUUGACAUGGAACAAUCUCAAACCAAAUUCUAAUUGUUAAACUGGGUUGAUGACCAGGAGAGAGUACCUAGAUAGCAUUAGUUUAGCUAGAAUGCUGCCAGCUCUGAUCACCACAGAACAGGUUUGAUUCUGACUAACAAGAGCUUUGCUGACACAAGGUUAGAUGGUAACUUAAAUUUGAGGAAACAAAGUCGAGUGGCUGGUGUUGGAGGGACAGAAAGCCGAAACUAAACGUGUUCCGAGGUGCUGUUUGUGUUCUUUGGAGCUGUGCUAUCCUAGCUAAGCUAAUGCUAGCCGUCUCUUCUCUCGUAGCUAACUUAGCUUAGCUAAAAAGAUCCAAACACCCCAGUACAGUUUUGAUUCAGCUAACCGGUGCUCUACUAUCACAAUUAUAGACGAUAAAAACUUCAGCAAGAGCAAAGUCGACUGAUCUGUGUCGGAGUGACAGAAAGCUGAAAUUGAGUGUACUUUGCCUCACACCGCAGUACACACUUGCUUCCAGCAAACCGAUGCUUAAAUAACAACCGUUCAGAGGAUAAAGACUUAUAAAUGAGAGCACAAAUUCGAAUGACUGGUGUGGAAGUGACAGAAAUAGGUGGUAACAAAUAGGUGGUGUCUGAGCUGCCCUGCUGGGUAACGCUAAUUCUAGAGUAGUUUGCCAGCCACAGGUGAAACUCACCACAAACCAGGCUCAGUUUCAGUGACUGAUGUUCAAAUAACACCUGUUUAGAAGGUAAAGAAUCUGAGAGCAUGCUGAGAGACUGAUUUUGGAGUGACAGGUGGAGUCAAACGUAUUUUGUGGUGGGUGGUGUUUGUAGCUAUUAGCCUGUUAGCAGUUAGCCACUUGUUUGUGUAGUUUUCUUCAGUAUGUCUUGCUUCUGAUUUAGCAGCACAACAGAUGGAAGAAGAAACCAUAACCGGUCUUAUGAGUCCAGACCAGCACAGAUGGUACAGUAUGGCCCUGAGAACCAUUUGGCUCGACGGUGGAAAAGAGGCCUAAAUGUCUCCAUCAACAGUAUACUAAUAUAUCAUCGCUGUCCAAUGAAAACCAUGUAUCUCCAUUUUUGUUUCUUUUUACUUUUCUACAUCAUUUCAACACACCAGCUGUCCUUUACCUUGUGGAAUAAUUUCAUGAUGAAUGGACCAAUAGAAAUGCUCUAAAAUCACUUGUAACAAUGGUUUUGAUAUGGUUUUUACGAUAUGGUUUUUAGGUUUUUCUGCUGCUGGUAAUUAUCCUACAAAGUGUUAUUGUUAUAUUUCUGUUUGUGUGAUGUUAUAUUGUUAUUUAUACAACAGUUAGUCCCGACCUUAUAAUCUGAAUGGUUGAGAAGUGUUCUAAAAAAAAGCCAUGCUGUCAUCACAAAUAUCAGGCUUUUUCACACCAUAUAUCAUUCCGCUGACGCGUUGCCAAGUAACGACAAGGUUUAUGCACACAAACCUGUUUUGUAUUUGUGUGUAUACAAAACGAGAAACUAAUCAGAUUAAUGACUAAGAUAACACAUGACCUGCAGUCUGUUUGGCCAGACUCUGAAUAAGAUUUUGACUGUAGACGCACAUCAAAUUCUGAAUCUGUCAUUACCAUGAAAACUGUUAGGUCGACUGCAGUGACAGCAGAACAGCUGAACACGCUGGAAUUGGCUAGAAAUGAACAGAAUACAAUUCGAUAAACAACUCGAGCUGCAAAGCUUUACAGACUGGCUGUAACAAAAUGACAUUGAGGUUAAUUUGGCAACAAUUGAAAAGGCUGAGCUGAACUUGAUAUUUUUACAGUUCUGUGGCUCUAUUCUUACCCCAAAAGGAGAGCCUUACAGUAUCAGCAGUUAACCUUGACUCUGCACAGGGCUCAGCAGGCUAGGCAGUUGAUACCUUUGCAUAGCAGCAACUCAUUUGUUGUGGAACUACUUUUCGGUGGUAUUGUCAGUAUUCAGGCAUAUUCAGUAUGAAAUUCAGGACUGCUAUGAUUUAUUUCAUUUCUUUAUUUUGUAAAAACUUGUAUAAAAGCAGUAAAACACUCCAGCUUGUGGUAUCAUGAAUAACAUUAAGUUUUAAAAAUUAAACAAUGUUUUUGCAGCAAAGAAAUUAAGUAUUAUUUUCACAAGUUGAAAUUCAGAGGUUAGGGUUUGGGACAGUCAUUAGAAAAUACUCUAUAAAUGAUGAUUUUGUGUAUAUUUAGUUUAUUACAAUCUCAAUUAAUGCAUUGGGUAAAUCUUUAAGGUCUGAACAGUUUUUUUUGUUGUUGUUGUUUUUUGUUGUUCUUACUACCGCAGUUUGAACUAAUUCCGUAGAAUGGUCCAUAUACUCUAUGAAUAUGUAUAAAUUGCACCAAUCCUGCUGUACCAGAGCCAGUUUACGGGGACCCUGACCACGUCCUAUUUCUCCCUUUAUAUCAGAACAUGACUGCAAAAUGCCAUGGGACACGGGGGUAAAUGGAGCUAAAUGGCUAAAAAUGAAAUGUUAAAAAUCUUCCUUUAAUUUUGAAAAGCAGAAGGAUGUAUUUAACUAAAAAAAUUAACUUACCUGUAUCUUUCCUUUUCAUACAGCAAGUAGGGAGUAGGAUGCUAGCAUUACUGAUGCUGAUUAGUUGGCAUUACUGCCACUCAGUGCUGAUUAGUUGGUAUGACUACUACUGAGUGCUGAUUGGUUGGCAAGCUGAUCAAUUUAUUAGCUGAGUGAAGUAGUUUGUGCUCACUGAUGUCAUAAAGAUACAUAAGGAACCCUUAGAAACUCCUGUAACUGGAGUUCAAAAGUGCUCAAAAAUGAUUUUGCUCUAAUGUUCUAUAUUAACCCAAUCAUUUUGGACUCGCUCAGGAGCGCCCUCUAGCACUUGACAAACCUGGAAGACAUUACUGAGUAGCAUUUCUUGGCUGUGCUUGAAAUAGCCUACUACCAAACGCUUGCAUACUGAUUCUUCCUAAAAGUAGUAAGUAGUAUUCAGUAUGUGACCAAGUUAUGCUCCAUUUUCCCUCUUGUUCUUUUUUCUUUUUUUUCUGCAUUGUCUUGCAAUCCUUUCUUUGUCGUUCUAUUGAUACUUGUGUGUUUUCACUCCUUUCAUGUUUUUUUAAUGUAUUUUCUAUUGACAGAUGUCUUGUUCUUUGCACUGUAAUUUUUGUUGAAUCCAUUAAAGCAAAAUAACAAGCUUCUGACCUCGCUAAUUCACCCAAAUAAAGAGCAAUGCAUUCAA